AUGGCCACCUCUGAUGAGCAGAUGGAAUAUCCAACGCUCUACGCCUCCGGAAAGGCCGGCUUUUGCGCUUCCUCCCUGGAAGAGGCGCAGUCCGAUGGACGGCCCACAGACAUGAAGAUCCUCUACGAGACCAUCCGGGAUGUGGUGCCGUCCCCGGAGCCCGCGAGCGUGGAUCCAGACAUUCUGGCAUUGGAUGAGAAGAACAAGGGCUUCUCCAUGCUGGUGUCGCAGCUGGACAGGCUCCCAGCCCUUGGGCCCACCGUCACGGGAAAGAUCUUCAGUGGUCAAAUUCACAAGGGAGACAAGAUUCACUGCAAGAGCUUGCAGGGUGAGGUGGUGGCCUCCGGCAAAGUCAAGGAGAUCACCGUGGUGCUGGGCGUGACGCGCGAGCCGGUGAAGAGUGCCAAGGUGCGACGGCGACGGCGGCGCCGGGAGGUGCGCGAAGGUGCCGGGCGGUGA